AUGAAAAAGUUAGGCGUCCACAACCCAGCUGUGGGUUCCAGGGGCAAGGAGGCUGCCAUCGCGGAUUCUCUCUUUCCUGCGGCCCCCGUGACGAAUUGGGACUUGGCUCCGUCUCCAGCGGUGCUCAAUAUUUUCCAGGCGUUUGACCAGGUCCGGAACUCCCUGGAGUUCACCCGUACCAUCCCGGAGUUUACGCCAGCAGAACUCAGCAGAGCGCCAGAGCUAUCAAGAGACUUACACCGGGUAAGUCGGCCGGACCUUCAGGAAUCCCCAACGAGGUCCUCAGGGCUCUCGCGUCUACCCAGCAUCGUGAUGUUCUCAGGAUACUGA